UUUGUUGCGGGGACGGACACAACUUCGAGCACAUUGGAAUGGGCAAUGGCAGAGCUGCUACACAACCCUGAAAAACUUUUGAAAGCCCGAAUGGAACUCCUGCAAACCAUCGGCCAAGACAAACAGGUUAAAGAAUCAGACAUCACUCGACUCCCUUACGUGCAAGCGGUGGUGAAAGAAACCUUCCGAUUGCACCCUGCAUUUCCAUUUUUACUCCCACGCAGAGUUGAAGAGGACACAGAUAUAGAAGGGUUCACAGUCCCAAAGAACGCACAGGUGCUGGUGAACGCAUGGGCUAUAGGUCGAGACCCGAACACAUGGGAGAACCCCAACUCAUUUGUGCCAGAGAGGUUCUUGGGGUUGCACAUGGACGUGAAGGGCCAGGAUUUUGAGCUGAUUCCGUUUGGUGCUGGCAGGAGAAUCUGUCCUGGGCUGCCAUUAGCAAUCCGGACGGUUCACUUGAUGCUGGCCUCGCUCAUUCACUCCUAUGAUUGGAAACUUGAAGAUGGGGUGACAGCGGAAAACAUGAACAUGGAAGAAAGGUUUGGACUUUCCUUACAGAAGGCUCAGCCCCUGCAAGCUCUACCUGUACGGGUUUGAAGUUGUUAAUCUUGUGUGCUGAAGUAAUGUCCUGAUUCUUUCAGUGCUCUGCUGGGUUUCAGGCUGUGUUGUCAUUAACUAGACAUGUCAGUCCAGUUCGUGUUAAAUAAACAAGUAAAUCUUUCAAAUUUCCAAUCUAAAUGGCUGUCAAAUAUGCAUGCUUCCAUUCAUAGCAGCAGAGGUUAUCUUUAUAUUUUUCAA